CCGCCGCUCAGGUUGUCGCUGCCGCUAUCGCCACCGUUGCCGCCUCCCUGCCGGCAAGUGUGUGAAGGAGCAGCCGAGGGCCGCUGCCGCCGCCAUGGGGAGAAAGUCGAGCAAAGCAAAGGAGAAGAAGCAGAAGCGGUUGGAAGAGCGAGCAGCCAUGGAUGCCGUCUGUGCCAAAGUGGAUGCUGCUAACAGGCUUGGAGACCCUCUGGAGGCGUUCCCAGUGUUCAAAAAAUACGACCGGAAUGGCUUGAACAUUUCCAUUGAAUGUAAGCGAGUAUCCGGACUGGAGCCAGCCACAGUGGAUUGGGCCUUCGACCUAACCAAAACAAAUAUGCAAACCAUGUAUGAGCAAAGUGAGUGGGGCUGGAAGGACCGAGAGAAACGGGAGGAAAUGACAGAUGACCGAGCCUGGUACCUCAUCGCUUGGGAAAAUAGUUCCGUCCCUGUUGCCUUUUCUCACUUCCGAUUUGAUGUGGAAUGUGGAGAUGAAGUCCUGUACUGCUAUGAAGUGCAGUUGGAAAGCAAAGUGCGGCGAAAAGGCCUGGGGAAGUUCCUCAUUCAGAUCCUGCAGCUCAUGGCCAACAGCACUCAGAUGAAGAAAGUGAUGUUAACAGUAUUUAAACACAAUCAUGGCGCCUACCAGUUCUUCCGAGAAGCCCUGCAAUUUGAAAUUGACGACUCUUCCCCUAGCAUGUCUGGUUGCUGUGGGGAGGACUGCUCCUAUGAGAUUCUGAGCCGGAGGACCAAGUUUGGGGACAGCCAGCACUCUCAUGCAGGUGGGCACUGUGGUGGCUGCUGCCACUGACUCCCAGAGCCACUAGCAAGUGAAAGUGCUGUCUCCUAAGGCCUGUCCUGGUCUCACGCUGCUUGCCAGGCACCCUCAGAGCUGUGGCCUCAGCCCUGCACGUGCCAGGCAGCUUCAUGAGGGUACAGAACCCUGGGGAGCAGUGGUCCAAGUUACUCCUCCACCUCUCUCCUGGAAGAGCAGAAUGCCAGGAGGGGUACAAGGACAGGGUGCUGUGGAGAAGCUGGCAGGACAGGCUGUGGCGCUCAUCCCCGCCUAGUGGCUGCCUCCCCACUCAGCUCUUUGAUCCUCGAGUGCAAGGCUCCCUCACUUCUGCAGCUGGAUUCCUGACAUUCUUUCUCUCUGCCCCUACAUGGACAAAUGGAAUGUUUAUACUCAGCUUUGUGACAUCCUGGGCUUGGGUCUGCUGGUCCUGAGGAUCUGACUCUGAGAUCUGGGUAUAGGGCGAGGCCUUAGGGAGACUUCCAUUCUGGUGGAUGGAGCACUCACGGAGACUGUGCAGCCCUCAUGCCAAGAUGUGGAGAGUUCUUCCCACCCAUGUUCUUAGGGAUGCACAGGGUGAAGUCGUCUCAGGGUGCCAGACGACUGGAGGAAGGCUGCCUCUCUCCAUCGCCAUCUGUGAGAGGGCUGAGAGGACCAAGAAGAGGUGUCCUAAGGAAUCUGCCAUGGGGACCACUGGUUCUCUGGGCUUUUGGUCUUUGCUGCAUUCUAAGCUUAACCUCUUGAUCUCAUGGCAUUGGCUCAAGCUUUGCAUUUAAGAAGGAAGCCAGAGGCCCUUCCUGUUCUCUCCAUCACCCCUCACCACUUUGUCCCCUGGCUCUCGCCUCCACCCCACAUACCUCUCUUAGUCUCAAGGGGAAGUAACAUCAGGGAGCCCCUCAUCUUCCCCCCAGAAGGACCCCUCAUUCCUGGUACAAUUGAUGUCAUUUCCUCUCACCUCUUGGUGCUGAUAGCUCUCUGAAGGUGGGGUGUUCUUCUUCUUCAGAGAGACCCAGCCAGCAGCAGGACCCUCUGCCUGUGCUCCCCAGCCUUGCCCCUUACUGCCUCAAUGAGGCACGGUGCCAUUCUGGAACAGCUUGGCCACUGCUCUGGCUGCAGCAGGAUUGUCUUCAGUGGCCCAAACAGUUGCUUUUCUCUCUCGGGUCACUCUGUGGUAGCAAGCUGGAACAAGGAGGAGAAGGUCUUCCUUUUCUCAGAGGAAAUAAGCAGAACUUAUACUCAUCGUGAACUCUUAAGUCUUACUCCUCUUUUCGAGAAGAAAAACCAAAUCCUCACCCAGAAAAAGCACUUAACACCUCCUCUUUGACUCUUGAGCUUUGUUUCAGGGAGUGUGGUGAAGAUUCCCACUUUUGUGCAGUGGCUCUUGUGGGAAUGUGUCAAUCCCUCUGACCUUGAGUCUGCUCACCCCCACCUCUGCCAUGACUGGCAGUCCUGGCAAAUUUCCCAGAGCAGUCCUUGCUUCUGACCUGGAUUCCUGCUUACACAGGGACCUGUGCAUACAGGACCUCUUGCCCAGUUUGGCCUCCACACUGAGUGCCCUGCUCUUGACCCCACUAGCAGUGGGAGUGGGUACUCCUUGGAGAGGGCCUGGCAGCUUUACACUGGAGUAAAUCUACCUUUGCCUCAUCUUCUGGCUCCCAGGGGAUUUUACCCCUUGUGAGAGUUGAAGUUGCUGGGAGGGGAUUGGUAGACUUCUACCAAGAAUCAUGAGACAAUAGAAGCAUGUUUAGGAAGUUUCUUCUCUGAUCCCUUUUGAAGGACACAGAAUGAUAAAUAUUUAUUGUCUUAGAUCAUGGAUUUCUGAUACCUCCCUCUCGAGGGGACCAAAAGGAGCCCCCAGUGUAAAUCCCAUGUAAGGUGAGUUCAGUGUGUGUUGUCUCUUUGCAGUCAUUGACACCUAGCACCAAGCCACCCACAGGGCACUCGGUAACAUGCCCUGUUCCCUCCAGCCUCUACAGACCUUGUCCUGAAGGGCCCUGCAAGAGGUAGUGCUGUGUCAGAGGGGCACUGACUGAGACUAGCAGAUCACUCCUAUGGGUGUUGAGCCCAUCAAUGUCUCAGACAUCAGUCUUCCUCCACCUGGAUCUUAGUUUUGAGAAACAGGCCUUUUGUACUAGGAUUUUUUUCUUUUUGGUUUGGGGCAUGUUAGAAUAUUUUUUAAGCUUUUUUUUUUAGUUGUAUCCCCACCCUAUUUCAUGUUAUUUUUGUUGGUGUCAAAUGUGUAUAUGACAUGUGUAUGGUUCUUUUUUAACCUUUCUGUAUUUUUUUAGAGGGAACUUGGAAGAUAAACUUCUUGAUGUAUGUAUCUUUUUCUUUAACAACUUGUUAUCACUGGAAAUCAAAGGGAAAAAGUGAUCUGCUUUUGCAUCAGUUUUAUUUGUAUGUCACUAAUAAAAGACAUUUUCUUCAGCUGCUGGGAAGGCUUCCAGAUGCCGGGGUGCCACGGGCAGCAUGCAUCAGGCCUAGACCCAAGAGGGCCCAGGGCUAUGCUGGCCCCACACCCUUCCUGUGAAGGCCUAAGGGUGUCUGGGGCAAGCAGCCAAAGGUGGGAACAGAGACCAAAUGCAUGUGUCUCUGCCAC